AUGUCGGCGGCAAUGUCGAGUAGUCCUGAGCACUCCAGAAUCACGGCGCUUCCUCUGUUCGUUCCAAAAGAUAUCGUAGAGGACACCGAGACGGCUUGUGACGUCAAGCGGCCCGUUGCCAUCGGCCUCAAGAUGUUCUCCGUGUCGAACAUCCAGGACCUCAAGCAGACCUUCGAGGCUCAAUUUGCACUUGACUUCCUAUGGAUGACGAAACCUGAGGAGACGUUCUUGCCGCGGCUUGGAAUACUCAACUCAGACACCGAUGUCAUCGUACUUGAUCGAGAUAAGUCAGAGAGCCCUCAAUGGCUGCAAUCGACCGAGUCGCACCUGAGAUCAAGUGAAUCCCUCUCGGAGCAUGGGUCCCUCCACUAUAUGAUCAUGCGGAAAGUCAAGACAGAGUUGACUUGCAACCUGGACUUCCACUGGUUCCCUUUUGAUGUGCAGUAUCUGCCAAUUCGCGUCCGCGCUCUCAACACCAAGCUAAUUGCUACCGACGGGCAGGCACUGGGAGUCGGUUCGGUGCCCCUCCGCCCGUAUCGCUUUCUGUUCGGAGUGCAGCAGGACUUCGGGGAACGCCUCAACGUCGAUCUCACGAUCGUGCUCACGCUCAUCGCCUUCAAGCUCAUGGUCACCGAGAUGGUGCCCAAGGCGUCGUACCUGAGUGCCGCCGAGUGGUAUUUGAGCUGUUUCGGCGUGGCCACCUGCAUGAUCGCCGAACACUGGGGUUUCGCAGCCGCCAUCGAGUUCGGAGCGGAUGAGAAGUGGACACGGGAGGUGGAUCUCUAUGCUCACUUGUACAGCUUCUGCAUCUUCGUAGCGUGCAACUUGGUGUUCGCGAUCUACGUCGCGCGCCAUCUGUCCACGGCGGGUUCGGAUGCUGCGCGGCUCAAAGCGGUAAGGCGGGGCGGAGCAGUGGAUCGGGUGUUCUGGGGCGAAUUCGACCAGUCGCGCCUGUUUGGCUCGGCGAAGCACCCCCGAGAAAAGUCCAAAUGCUUAGGGGACCCCUAG